AUGAUUGGUUAUAUUAGUUGGCAGGUUAUUCUUGUCAUGUUUAGAAAUAUAAUUAAAAUUUGUUGUGCCGAACGUUACUUUGUUGCGAAAAAUAAUUUCGAUAGAAGCAGAAAGAUAUGGCGUAGAAAAAAUUACGAUGUAUCAAAUCCUGACAAAUUAAAUAAAGUUGUAAUAUCAAGCCGCCGAUUCAAUGACUUAUUUUUACGAUUGACUCCUCAGUCAAAAACUACUCCUGGAUUAUGGGGAGCAAUUAUGCUCUCUGGAUUUUUUGGUUUGUUCAAAGAAAAAGAAGAAGAAAAGUCAGAAUCAGAAUUGAUCAUGACUAUAAAACGUGCUGUUCUGUUGAUACAGAGAGAUGACUUCAAAGGUGCAGAACAACUAUUGCAUGUUGCCUUAAAACUAGCCCAAGAUCAACACAAUGAAGAUGGUGUUACAUACAUUUAUGAUUUACUCGCUAACCUUGCAUUUGCUCAGGGGCACUUUAAUUCUGCUGAAAAAUUAUUUAUCAAUGUUAUGCAGAGGUUGAUGCAAAUUGGUGUUUCUGAAGAUGAUUUGAAAAUAAAUCAUAUAAGUUUAAAGUUAGCCAAAAUUUAUGAAGAGAAAAAGGACGAGAAGAAAGCUGAAGAAGGGUAUAAAUUUUGUUUAAAGAAUCUGCAAAGUAAAGUGGAUGCUUCUCUUGAUGAUCAUGAUUCAGUAAUGCUGUGGGCCAUGGCUUUGGAUUGGUAUGCUCGAUUUCUAUUAUCCAAGGACAGAUUAGAUGAUGCUUUGGCCAACUUUGAGAAAGCUUAUGAAUUGAGCUUGAAACUACAUGGAGAAGUGCAUGAACAGACUGUAGUUCUUCUUAAUGAUUUAGGAACAAUUUGUUAUCUCAAAGGUGAUCAUGAUAAUGCCCUCAUCUAUUUAACUAAAGCCAUCGAAAUCGGAAAACAUUUGCCAAAUAUGGAAGAUUUCUCAUCAGUUUAUGUUAAUCUUGGAAACAUUUAUAUGCAACAAAAAAUGUUUGAUGAAGCCAAAAAAUAUUGCAAAGAAGGCUGGCAAAAUGCAAAUCGUCAUAAAAAUAGUGAAGGAAUUCAAGAGGCUACCCUUUGCUUGAAGGAAUUAUCAAAAAUAAUGUCUUCGUAG